GGCUUUGCUGUUGGCGUCGGCGUGGUAUACUCGGUUCUUCUUCAAAACCCUUCUCAAGAAUGAUGAAUAGCUUCUUCUCAAGAACGACUCACCUGCUUACCAAGGUUGCUGGCUUUGCUGUUGGUGUCGGCGUGGUAUCCUCGGUUGUCAAUGCCUCUAUGUACACCGUCCGCAUGGGUGAACGAGCAGUCAUCUUCCAUCCAUUUGGAGGUCGUACAGACAACACCAUCGUCGGUGAAGGAACUCAUUUCUGCAUUCCAUGGCUUCAAAAGCCCUCUAUAUUCAAUAUUCGUGUUCGACCUUACACUUUCAGUUUUGUUUCCUAUACUAAGGAUCGUCAAGAGGUGACUUUGACGGUGCGUGUUCUCUUUCAUCCUGAUAUCCCUUACCUCCCACAUAAUCAUCAAACUCUCCCUUCUAUUAACCAUAAGGAUCUGGAUGCUGUGGUCUCCAAAUUCACCUCUCAUGAGCUUGUGGCUAACUUGAUGGAUGUCUCCGCUCUUAUCCGUGAGGCACUGGCUGCCAGGGCUACAGAAUCACAUAUUGUCUUAGAUUACGUAUCCUUCACUAAUGUCUCCUUUAGUCCAGAAUUUUCCAGGGCUUGCGAGUCCGAGAUUGACGCAACAUUCAGAGAUGACGCAACAUUCAGAGAUUGACGCAAACGUACUUGACCCUCUCACUUCAAGAUAUAGCAAAUACUGUUAAACUCAACAGUCCUAAGGAAGCUGAAAUGCAUGUGCUACAAAUGUAAUAUCAGUUUUUGGUACAAUUUUAGAUCCAGGACGGUGAGAUUUUUGCAACGAUUAAUCAGAAGGAUGGAAUGAUUCAUACUGUUUUCUUUAAAUAUAUGGUCAUCUGUACCAAUUUCAAAGACCAAUCCAGCUCAAUUGUUCCGACUAUUUCAAGAUUUAUCUCUUCUUGCAACCAGGAGCAGAUUCUUUUAGCGCCUGAAAAAUGUAAAGUUGUCUAUGAGUUAUUACUGUCAUCCCUGCCCAAGCACUAACAUCAGGUCUAACAUCAGCUCUGACAUCAGGUCGAUGAGGAGUACUUAAAGGAGUACUUACUGUAACCGUAAUCACCCGUUGGAGUGAGCAUCCCUUCUCGGACGGCCUCUUUAGGCGUUGCACCGCCAACCCGCCUAAACACUAUCCCGGUCUUCCUCCAUCCCUUGCCUCUGUUGUCAGUGGGUGAAGAUGUGAAGACCGCUACUGUGUGCCGAAAAUUGUGUUUGGUUGAAAGGAGUUUGAACUUCCUCUUCUUCUGUUUUAUAAAAGGUGUAGUGAGA